AUGUCAAACCCUGCACAGCCCUUCGACUCCCCCCGCCGUUCAGCUGCGUUCGGUCGCCAGCCAGAGGAGCUUCACAUCCCAUCCACCGGGCUGAUUAACCCGAGCCUGGCGCGCCAGCCUUCUUCUCAUGAAUACCCAACAACUCCCGACGCCAGUGCGUCAGUCCCGUCAAUAAAUGUGCAGCAACUGCAGUACGCAAGCGCUGGUGGAGGCAACGGCAACAGUGCCCUGCCAGGAGCCCUCCAACCAGGAGGUCACAAUCGUCCCCCGGCUGUGUCUGCCAACACCGCCCCAUCAGUACUGCCUACCCUACCACAGCAACAACAGCAGUCACAACAAAGCAGCCAUCGCUCCAGCAUGAUCAACUCACACGGGCAUUCUCGAUCCAGCCCUGCGGGGUUUGAGCAGUCGCUGUACCAACAACACAGUGCCCCAGACGACUCCAAAUUCCCAACCUCUCCUGGGGCUUUCCCACCGCACACCCCGCAAGGGUCCAAGUAUUCGCCCUUGGGACUGGCUGAUAUUCGACCAUCGGCCGACCAUCUGUUCACUGGCUCGCUGAUGAGUCCCGCCUCGUUACCGUACAACGGAGAUAACCAGGUGCCAACCAACAGCAACUAUUUGGCCCCCUGGCCCAUAUAUGCAGUGGAUUGGUGCAAGUGGCCUAUUGCGGGAGGAUCUGGCUCCUCUUUUGGCGGCAAACUGGCCCUGGGGAGCUAUUUAGAAGAUAACCACAACUAUAUCCAAAUUAUAGAUACACACUGGUCCCAGCCAGAUCCAGACACCCCAGAUGCCGCCGCGGGAGAGAUCAAGCUGGAUUAUGUGAAGACCGCUGAGGCAACACACUCUUACCCAGUGACUCGCAUUCUAUGGGAGCCCCCGUCAUCCCAGAAACAGUCUACUGAUUUACUGGCUACUUCUGGGGAUCACCUUCGGUUAUGGUCACUGCCCAAUUCUCAGCCCGUACCCAGCUCGAAUACCAUCACGCGUCCAGCGGGCCAGCAAAGUACACCCGCAUCCAAGCUCUCCCCCUUGGCCCUGCUUUCAAAUUCGAAAUCCCCCGAGCAUACCGCCCCUAUCACAUCCUUAGAUUGGAAUACGAUUUCUCCAAGUCUGAUUAUCACGUCCAGCAUCGACACCACCUGCACCAUCUGGGAUAUUCCCACCUUAACUGCCAAGACCCAGUUGAUCGCCCACGACAAGGAAGUCUACGAUGUGCGCUUUUGUGCGAACAGUGUCGACGUAUUCGUCAGCUGCGGCGCUGAUGGCAGUGUGCGUAUGUUUGAUCUGCGAAGCCUCGAACAUAGCACCAUCAUCUAUGAGCCGUCCGACAAGACCGAAAAGCCGAUGAGCCCCGGCAACGCCAGCCCAUCUGGUCCGUCACACAACGGACCCUGGCCUCCGCCACUGCUGCGGAUUGCAGCAUCUCCACAUGACGCCCAUCUCCUCGCCACUUUCUCCCAGGACUCGAGCGUCGUUCGCGUUCUCGAUGUACGGCAACCGGGCCAAGCCCUCCUCGAGCUCAAGGGCCAUUCUGCAGCACUCAACUGUGUCGAGUGGUCACCAAACCGGCGUGGUGUUCUAGCUUCCGGUGGCGAUGACUCCCUCGUCCUCCUCUGGGACCUGAUCAACCAACAGAACUCUGCACCUCUCUCCCCACCCGUCGCCCACACACCCGGUGCCCCCUCCGUGACUUCUGACCGUGGCCCAGCCGCCGCCUGGCAGUGUGACUAUGAAGUCUCGAAUAUCAGCUGGUCUCCACAAGGUGGGCCGAACCACUCGGGUCACCCGCGGGAGUGGCUUGGAGUUUGCGGCGGGAGAGGCAUUUGGGGCGUUGCGCUAUGA